AACUUGAAGAAGAAUGGAAGGCGAAGAAGAAUUAAGCAUUGAGGAACUUGGUUCCAAUCUUUCUACCUACAAGGAACAGCUCCAACAGGUUCGAGAGCUGUUGGUGGAUGACCCUGGGAAUUCUGAAUAUGCAGACAUGGAAAAGGAGCUUCAAGAGGGCAGCAUGAUUUGGCUGCAUAAUGGCUGAGGAAUAUCCGUGGUGGUAUUUGUUUUUGUUUAUAUCUGAAAAAGGUGUGCUAUGUGUCGUGAUGGUCUGCCUGCUUGCUUCCACGAGAUUCGGAUAUUCAUGCUGAGAUUAUAAGUUUGAAAUUUAUAUAAAUUGGGGUUUAUUCAAUGAAAUGCUUGAUUUUUUCAAACAGUACAUUCUUGAUUUAGUUUGCAAGACAUUUUGUUAAUGCAGGUAAUUGCACUGACAGAGGAACUCCUGGCAACUGCUAAGCAAGGUGAAUUUACUGGGCUUGAUAGUGGGACCAAUGCUGGUGCUUCUCCCAGUUUGCCCCAAUCUGAAGGGGCUUCCGAGUAUACACAGGCAUCAAACCACUUGUCCGAAUCAUUUCAGAAGUUUCCUGUUGGCACAAAAAUACAGGCUGUUUGGAGUGACGAUGGAGAAUGGUAUGACGCAACAGUUGAAGCUCUGACUCCAAAUGGGUACUAUGUGCAUUUCGAGGGAUGGGGUAACAGAGAAGAGGUGGAUCCUGACAAUGUUAGGCCAAUCCAAGAAGGGGUUGUCAAUGCUUUGGUUGAAGCUGAAAAAGAAGCUGAAGCUACAAAGCAAGCCCUCAAAAGGAAAAUUGCACAAGCAGCUGCUGUCGACUACCAAUCGAAGGCCCUACCAGCAAAACUGAAAGUAGACCCUGAUGACUCUGAAAAUGUGAAAGCUGCUAAGCGGAAGAAGAUACAUGCCUUCAAGUCAAAAAAUAGGUUUGAGCAGCUUGAAGUCACACAGAAUAAGCGCCAGAAUGCUUGGCAGCAAUUUCAGACAACUAAAGGGCAGGCUAAAAAGACCGGUUUCUUCACUGGCCGCAAACGUGAAAGCAUUUUCAAGUCACCAGAAGAUCCAAAGGGAAAAGUUGGUGUAACUGGCAGCGGUAAAGGAUUAACGGAUUUCCAGAGGAGGGAGAAGCACUUGCAUCUAAAAGGGGCUGGUGGCGAAACAGAAGAGUAAAGAAGUGUUGAUGUUCAUCUUUCGACCUUCUCUCUCUGCCUCUCAAAUUAUUCCUCUGCUUGCACAUGAACAAUUUGGAUGGUGAAACCAAGUCGGUUUUAUGUCAACCUUUGUGCUCGACAUAUACACAUGAAUGUGUGCUUGCAGAUGGUUUAUGUAAUUGUAGAAUCAUUAGUCUGUACUUCUAGUUUCACUUUUAUUAUAAUUCCAUCAUUCUAGGUUUUCGUUC